AUGGCCAACGCGCCCAGCGCGGGGGUGGCAGCUGCAGACCCCCGGGUACUGGCCUUAGCUGCUCAGGUCACUGAGAGCAGAGAACAGGACAUCCCUCUGCUACUUCUGAAGUUAAAGGGAAUUUUGAAUAAUGCUUCCUUGGGAUGUGAAGAAUCAAAAAAAAUUAAGCAAGAUAUAUACGAUUAUGAUCUUACUCAGUACUGCAUGCUGGUCCUUAGACAAGACCACUUUCGACUGCAUGGAGGCUGGGCUACUGCUGCCCAGCUAGCAGAGAUAUUAAGUCAUUGUUGUGUAGGACUAGAGGUGAAAGAUCCUGAGGAAUUUUACAAGAAAUUUCUUCCUUCGGCUGUAGACAACCUGCUCUUUUUGGGAAGACGCUUGCAAGCACGAUUUAUCCGAGCAACCAAGGAUGAAGAAAAGCAAGAUUUUUUACGCUGGUUCCAAACAGUAGCUGAUGCCAUCUGCUGGCUGUUCGGUGGGCAUAUUCAACUAGCAACGUGCGUACUGCAAAAUGAUCACUUCCUGCGGUUGUUAAUAACAGAUGAUGUUGAAACAGCAAUUAUAAUGAUGUCUAUUUUACACAAUAUUUUGAGGGUUAAUAGUUCUGUCUUGCUUGAGGUUGAUGAAGAGACCCUUCACUCUGUUUUGGAUGAACUUGUUUAUAAGCUUUCAGCUACCGCCAAUCCUGCCGUAGGAAGCGCUGCUACAAAACUGCUAUUGUUGGUGGCAAAAUUUUGCAAGCAGCUUGUGAAGUUACUCGCAGCUCGCUACAAAGGAUUAAAAGAGCUUUUAAGUAGGCAGUGGACUGGCAAAGGAUUUGACAGGGAUCUCAGUCAACUCUUGGACCUGCUAUACUUGGAACAAUCCAGUGGAAAAGGAGAAAUGCAGAGGCAGCAUCAAGCAGCUUGUGUAAUCCAGGCUAUGUGGAGAGGAUUUCAGACAAGGAAAAGGCUGAAAAAACUACCCCAAGCAGUCACCACUUUACAGAGAAGCUUCAGAACUAAACGGGAACAGGAGCUGCAGCAUUUACAAGAAAAGAAGGAAGAUGAGGCUCUAAAACUGCAGAUGCAACUCCAGAGACAGAGGGCCAUGAGACUCUUCCAUGAACGACAGCUGGCCUUACUGGAAAUAGUCCAUGCCAGUCAGGUAAAUAAGUACAUGGAGGAAAUGGAGGGGAAAUCAGCAUUAACUAUCCAGAGAUUCUGGCGAGGGUAUAAAGCAAGAAGAAAUUUUCAUCAACAGAGACAAUCUCUUAAGGAGCAUAAAGCAGCUAUCGUCAUUCAGAGAGCAGCUUGUAAAUUCUUGGAAAAACGAAGACGGAGGAGAGCUCUCCGUCCUUGGAAAGAUCCCAAGGGACUGACUGAUGAGCAGAGACUUGCUUUGCAGCAGAAGGUGGAUGACUACAUCAAAUUGCAUCCGGCUUCCCAAAUGUCAGAAGAAAGGAGUAAAGAAUUACAUAUGCAGGCCCAGGAAAAGCUAGCACAGUUCCUGUUGAGGAGCAAACUGGAUGAGAGAGCAGCGCAGCGGAGAGAGAUGUUACUGGCUCAGGUCAACACCGAUGUGGAGCUGCUAAUGAAUGCGCCAGGGUUCACAGAGAUCACAGAAAAAGAUCUUGCUGUCUUUAUGAGUCGAUCAGUCCCUGUAGCUACCAAGGCAAGACAAUCCCACAACACUAUGCUGAAAUACACUCACUGGCCAUGGUGGAAGAAGCUUGGAGAUGAGUUUGUGGAGGAUGAUGUCAUUGCUGAUGAUGCCGUAAAUGCAGAACUGAGAACUCUCUUUAUUGGUGGAAGGAAAUCCUUUUAG